CCAUCUAUAGAUCAAAUUUAAAUAAUUUGUCACAAUGGGGAACAAUAACUCUAAUGGCUUAGGAAAGGUCAUACUUCCUAAUGGAACCAUUCAAGAAUACACCAAACCAAUGACCGUAGCCGAGCUCAUGCUAGACCAUCCACAACAAGCCGUGGUCGAGUUUGAUCAAACGCUUACAAAUGGAAAAAGACCAAAACCAUUGCCUGCGGACGCAAAGCUAGAGACUAAAAAAGUCUACAUGAUGGUGCCUAAGAGAAGUGGGAAACCGAUAGGGGAAAUUUCAUUAGAAGAAGCACGUAGGAUUCUUUUGAAGGCGAAUGUGGUUUUGAACACGGGGUCGUUUGGGUCAGCUUACACGGGGUUUCUUCCUUUGUUCGUGAGGAUGUGUCCUGCGGCCGUGGUUAAGAGUAAGAAGAAAGUGAAAGUGGAAGAGAAGUCACAAGUUGUGGUGAAAAAAUCAGGGUUGUUUAGGGAGGUGGAUUUGGAAUCAGAAGUUAUGGAGAGUUAUUUUUUGAGUAGGCAAUUGUCUGGAAAAAAUGCAUGGAAACCUAGUUUGGAUACUAUUAAGGAAAAAGGUGUCACGGCUAAAAUUCGACAUUGGUUGCUUUGA